GUCACUAAGCACCAAAUCGGAGACCUUUCCACGUGCCGGUAGUUUACAUCGGCGAAUUAGUCUGUAAUACUUCUUCAAGUUUCUACCAAUCAUGGAGAAAAGUCUUAUGAUUGCCUCGGCUAGCGCGCUAGGUGCUUCUGCUCUGACGUUACUGGCUUGUCGUUUUCUUUCCAAGAGACGCGAAGCGCACGAUAACGUGUAUGAGACAGAAAAAUUAAUCGGCGAAUAUCUUAUUUUCCACUUUGGCAAACCAGAUGAACUGUUACCAUAUGGCUUUGGUCCCCAUGACUCUCUUGAUUUUCCCAAGCGAUGUGCGUUGGAAUGUAUUAAACAUAUUGGGGAUAAUGUGCCGAGCAUUGCUCUCGACAUAGGAUGUGCAGUUGGUCGAUCUUCUUUUGAACUAGCCAAGAGAUUUGAUCAAGUUGUAGGAAUCGAUUUUUCCCAUGGUUUUAUAAAUGCCUGCAAUCAACUCAAGACAUAUGGAAGAUUGGAGUACUCUGUCCAAACUGAAGGAAGUCUUGUGUCUAAACAUGUCGCUGAGGUUGAUCUUGACAUUGUAAGUAAGUCACAUUGUACAAUGUUUGUUUCAGUGGGGUUUGAGAAAAGUCAUCUCAACAAUGUAGGUGUUUCUACUUUGAGGUCAAAGGCAGAGGAUUGCCCGUUGAACAAAGAGCGCCAUUUCGUCGAAUUUUCGCUUCGAAACAGUCUUUGGCUUGGUGGCUAUAAAGAUGCAGAUGGAAAGAUUGUCACAGGAUUUGACAAUUUGAAGAGUUACCUGGGUCCAGAUUUUGAGCUGAUUGAAGAUAAGCUAAUGCCUUUCCUCAUCAGAGAAAAUGCUUGUGAAAACCAGUGGUCUGUAGCACAUGCCACCAUUUGGAAAAGAAGGCAGGCAACACCUUGAUUCCAGACUCUUAGCAAUGUUAUUUAAGGAUAUCUGGGUGAAC